GAGCUGGCCUCUACUCUUACCGAGUCGGGUUCUGGAUCUGCUGCCUCGCUCUCCAGCCUGCCUCCACCCUGUCCCUCACCCAGUGGGUCCCUCUCGGUGGAGACGCGGGACCGUGCCAUUCAGGUGUCGACCUCUUUUAAUCUCGCAGCUUGUGGGUCCGCCUGCACUGACUGUCUUCUCUGUGGUCGUUCUCUAACAGAUCGUGGAACUUCUGUGGACCUAGUUUCGCCAUCUGCAACUGUAGGGGAGCCUCUGACGACUAAGCCGGCAUCCAUGCCAAGUACUCCCACGUUGCAACGCGCCCGUCCACCUUCAGUUCCUGACAAGGAUGCCUACUCUGCUGUUCUUGCCGCCAUUUGCCGUCGGGUUGACCAAUUCCCAUCGGUGGUCUCGCCUGCUGACUUUCAGCUGCCUUGUCGGCUCAUACCACCAGGCCUGCUAGAAGGUCGACAGUCGCAGUGCGAUGACGGCCCUAGCACCCCCACGGAGGGAACGGAGAACCCGACGGGAAGACUGGAAAACAGCUUUUUCUCCACCUCGUCUACUGCCUCCGUGUCCAAUCGUUUUGGUUCUUCCUGGAAGCCCUUUUGGACAACCCUCGUCACCAUUGUGGGCUGGCGAUCGGUGUUUAUCAUCUACUUUGAAGCCACUACGCGGAAUCCUGUUCACCGACAGGAUUUUUCUGACAGCAUUUGUCAAGUGCAGUCCUUCACACGCAAUCCGCACCAGCUAGCAUCCCACCCAGAUGCCGCCCACGCCCCAGAUGCUGAUCUACCUAGCGUUGGUCUCGCUCGCCACCGUAACGGCAGCAUAGAUGAGUCCUCCUUCCUGCUCGCCCACCCUACCGUCAAAAAGACCUACCGUCUCCGACCGAUUUUUCCCAAGGCUCCACCAAUAAGGAAGCAGACCCAGCAAAAGGAGGUUGGCUCUCCAUGUGGAACACCAGGGGCUGGC